AUGUAUCAAAAGCAAAAGCAAAAAUGGAUUUUAGCAUCUUUGAAUUCUAAGCAAAAAGAUUCAAAAGAGCUAUACGCGUUUUUAUAUCAGUUUUAUGCCUCUUUGGAGGAGAAAAAUCUAUUUCAAUUACGGGGAGAAGUGGUUAAGACCACAAAAUCUCAAUUGUAUAAACAGUCAGUAUUUAAUCUUAUGGAAGAAUAUAAAUCGAAGUUUCCUUUAGCAGAAAUUGAAUUACGUCAGCUCCAACAGAAAAUAGAAGAUGACACUAUGAAGUUCGACGAGUGUGCAAUAUAUAAUGAAGUUCCUAACUUGAUUAAAAUCUUAAUACAGAAGGAUAAAUUGAGUGCAAAGGAUUAUAUAAUUCAUAAAUUAAAUGAUAAUAAUGAUGACAUAGAAAUGCUUGACGAGUUCGGGCAAUAUACUCUAGAGGCAUUAAUUAUUCACGUUCUGGGAAUUGUUUUCUACACAUCUGAAACCCAUAGUAUGGUCCGUGCAGCUUCUUUAAUUAAUCAACUCGACUUUUCUGUCCGUACACAUUUUAGGUUAUUAAAAUCCCACUCCUCUAAAAAGAGCAUUUCUAAUGUUCAUAUGGAUGAGAAAAUGGUACAGUCUAAGACGUUAGCCUUCAGUGUCUUCUUACUCGAGUUUAUGGAGGAGCGGGGAUUGGUUAGUUCUAUUACAAUUGAAUCCUUUGGUAGUGUUGUUAAGAAAAAGUCGAUUAGCAAUCUAUUCAUUUUCUGUAAUUUUGAUCUGACUUUACUUCCGGUCAAGCUCAACCUUCCUAUGAUAUACCCACCUCUUGAUUGGAAGAGUGCGUGUCCGCAGAAUCAAUCUCCUAGAUAUCUCUCAGAUCUAUCAGGUGGGUACCUAAGUGCACCGACUGGUGAGAUUUAUGAUCAUUACCGCUUAUUAAGUUCUGGUAACCAAAAUAACUUUUAUAUAUAUAUAGGGGAUUCUUCUUAUAAUAAGAAUGAUUACAAGUCUCUGUGUAAAGUCAUGAAUGCCCUCCAGCGUCAGCCCUUUACAAUCAACAGUGAUUGGUUGAAACAUUUAAUGGAAAAUGAAGAACAGUUUGUUGACGAUGGUCUUCUUAUGCCACAAUUUCUGCAAACGAUGAAUAUACAAGAUGUUAGCCCUGUUCUUAGAGAUUUACACAUGAAGGAUGAGGUGAUAUACAAUGAAUUUUCCUUUAACGAUUUGUUAAAUACUGUGAUGAAGACUAUCCAGCGUUCUCGCUAUGAACGAUUGAUUCUCAAUCUCGCAAGAGCCUACGAUGGCUAUAAAUUUUACCUACCCGCCUUUCUUGACUUCAGAGGGAGAAUUUAUCGCUGUGGUAUUUUGCAUUUCCACGAGUGUGAUCUAGCACGAAGCCUGAUUGUCUUUGCGGAUCAUAAUCAUCAGAAGGAGGAGAUAAAGUGUAAUUCUUCUAUAAGAGAUCAAAUUUUAUUAUCAACAUUCUUCCAUUUUAAGUCAUUCAACUCAAUGGUUGAAGCUGUGGAUUUUAUCAACAAUAACAAAGACAAUCAAAACAUAACGUUGGCUAAACACCCUUUUCAGUUUGCAGCCAAUAUUUAUGCAAUGCAAAAUCACAAAUUGAAGUUUUUAAAAGACUUUGUACCUAUUACACAGGACGCAGCAUCAAGUGCAUAUCAGAUUAUGAGUUACUUUUUAUUGGAUGAGAGCCUGGCUGAGAGAACUAAUCUCUUCCUAUCCACGGAUAAUCCAAAUCAAAUCCAAGAUGUUUAUUUGUACUUCCUCGCAGAGCUCAAGGAGUUCAUGAAAGCUGAACCAGAAUUUGAUCCUAAUUUAUGUUCGGUUGUUAGCAAACACCUCAAUCGGAAGAUUGUUAAAUCAAUCUUUAUGCCAAUUAUCUAUGGAAAAACUGUAAUGAGCACAUCAAUCGAUCUCAUGGAACAUUUCUCUCAACACCUUACGAAUAAGGAAUGCUACAAAGUAGCCUCAGUCUGCUUUAAGUUCUUCAAAGAAAAAUAUCCAGGAAUGGAAUGCCUGAUCAGGUUGAUACGCCUUAUAGGCUGGGUCGCGUCUUCUAGGGAUAGUGCCGUUAAAUAUAAUGUUAGUUACUUUACAAGUGUUCAGGAUUAUAUGAAAAUUGAGUCCACUUAUAUAUGGGUAUAUGACCGACAUAGGAAGAGGCGGAAGGUUACUUUCAGAGUGUCUUCAGAUAAGAGAGAUCGUAGGAAGACAGAGAUCUCUACCUUCGUCAAUUUCAUCCAUCAGAAGGAUGCCUUUAUUGCUAUGAAAGUUGUUGAAAAAAUGCAGAAUUAUAAUGCUCCUAUAUACACGGUCCACGACAACUUUAUAACAACUGUAGAGAAAAGCCCAUUUAUUUCAAUGGCUUAUCUUGAAGUCUUUCGUAGCUUGGGCCCUCCACUUUCAAUCAUUAACAAGUUCAUCUAUAUAAAUGUUAUUGAGAAUCUUAAAUGUGGAGAUUCAUUUGAUUAUGAAAAGAAUGUUAUUUCCAGUAAAUAUCUUACUGAAUUUUUAAUUCUAAAUAUUCCGGAGAAUACUA